UAGGCACAAAAAAAGCUUUUUGCCUUGAGCCAUGUCACCGCGUCCCUACUGCAGAACUGAAGGGUUUCGUCACACAUAAAGCUUCAUAGAGCUUUCUUGUGGCUUUUUCGGUUUAUUCAAAGGUGCAAAAAAGUUUCGCACUCCUUUAACACAACUUAUCGUAUGCUUGAGGUAAGUGAGUCGACGCGGGAUUCCGGAGAAGGUGUGGUGCGGCAACGCGACGAACUUCGUCGUAGCAGAUCGCGUCAUGAGAGACUUCCGGUCCCGAUUGGAAGAGCACGGCGGCGGUAUCGGAACAUUCGCAUUAAAAAAAGAAUGCGAGUUUGCGUUCAUACCGCCCAGAGCACCUCACUUCGGCGGACUAUGGCACCUGUUCUUUCGGACGGUCGGCAAAGACAUCCUGACCGCGGAUGAGCUCGGAACUCUCCUCACCAGCGUGGAGGCAGUCCUCAAUUCCAGGCCCUUCGGAGCGAUCAGCAGCGAUCCGAACGACGGCGAAGCCCUAAGCCCAGGCCAUCUUCUGAUCGGCGGCGCCCUUCUAGCUCCACCAUCAGCAGCGCUCCCGGACCAACUCAGCCCAACCUGCAUGCGACGAUGGCGCAGUGUCUUGUCUCUCAGGCACAGGUUUUGGCAGCGAUUGUCCCGGGAGUACGCCUCCAGCCUCCAGGCGAGGAAAAAGUGGCACCGUGGGAGCUCUCAUCGUCGUCGUCGAGGACAAUCUUCCGCCGCAGCAGUGGACGAUUGGGCGUGUCGUGGCGGUACACGUCGGCGCUGAUGACAAAGUUCGAGUGGCGGACGUGAAGACCAAGGGUGGCACGUACCGGCGAGCGAUCCAUAGGCUGCCUGUGGUGUGCUGAAGACGGCGGUUCUUUAGAGGGGGCGGUGUUUGCGCACUUUGCGCUUAUUUUUUUUUAAUUUGUUGUAGAGUGUAAGACGGGAGCGGGAGCGUAAUAAGGCUUUCUUCGCUUUCGCGAAUUCGAGCGUCUAUCGCCCCUAGUUAAAAUAGGCUUAAAAUUAAAUUUAAAGUUUAGUUGUUAUAUGAGAAUCAUUGCGCACACUCCCUUUCGUCAUCGAAUAAAUACCGGAUCCCUGCAAUCAUCA